GGAAAAAGAAACUUGACAUGACAAACAUCUUCAAUUUAAUCGUGCAGAUUUGCUGAGCUUGGGAAGGGUGCCUUGCAUCUUGCGCAUGGCUAUGACACGACCGUUUGUGGUUCUGAUUCUCUCUUGUUCUACCGCUUAAUUACUACCUAUAAAAUGCAACCGGCAUCGCGUACGCCCAACUCGAUAUUGCGGAAGCGCCUUGAUAAGGAAAAUGAAGAUGCACAUGGGAAGGCUGUGAAGCGCGUAAGAGGAAACAGGCGCGUCAGCUUUGCGCCAGCUGAUGAGCUUGAGACCAAGCACAUCUUCAAGCAGGACUUCCGUGAUGAUCACCCGUCGACCGCGGAGAUAGACGCGAGCCCCGUAGGCGGACUUAUUGCGGCCGCCGGUGCGGUUAACCCGCUACCUACUCUCAAUGCCCAACCAGAAGCUGCUCAGCAUGCAGGCCUUAAUUUGGCUGUGUUGCCAAGCCCCGAGCAACCCUCACCAUUAUCCAUGGACCUCACUAACAACAGCUUCGAGCAGCAAGGUCCUGUGGCAGCGUCCAUGGUGUCAGGCACAGCAGCGGGAGGAGACGCCGCAGGCCUGACCCUGCAGCCCAGCCAUUACCAGCACUCCCACGGCCACCACGAGUACACUCGUAACAUCACCAUGAACGUUCCCAACCUGUCCACGCUAGUGGAAGAGGAUGAGGAGGAGUACGACGCCACUAGUGGAGCUGUGGAUAGUAGCAACGCAGAGGCGUCAGUACAGGCGCAGUCGCCGAUCAGCCCCUUUGUGCUCAGGGAAAUGCAGCGGCGGAGUCACGAUACCGAGGGAAACCUGGAGCUGAAGAACCGCUGGGGCUUCGCGCCGGGUGCAGAGGACACGAUGGACGUGAACGUUGGCCACGCUGUUAUGGGCGAGACAACGUACAACAACGUCUAUGGGACGUGCACUACUGGCGACAUUACCAGGGCCAUCAAGGAGAGCAGUGCCGGCGGAAACCACCCGACGGGGCUCUUGGAGGGUGCCGCGGGUCGGGGCGCUGCGCAGCCGACCAUGCCUGCAAGAGCUGCUGCGGCAGGGGCAUUCGGCAGGCUGGGUUCUGGCACUGACGAUCAACUCCUGAACCCAACCUGCCGAGUGGCGGCUCUGCCACGCGCUGAUCUAGAAGCGGCACAACGAGCGGACGCGCUUGGUGCAGCGGCCCAGCCAUUUCACCAAACAGCCUUCCUGCAGCAGCAGCAGCCGGGCGCACAUGCAUCUCAGACACUGCCAAGGCAGGAGCCCCUUCAGCUGCCGCUAGGAGCCGCACCUCCCCAUGCACCCCUUCCACAGAACACGCCCUUCCUGGACAAUACCACGAAGCUGCUGGAGGACGACCAGACUUGGCGGCUGCCCGGUCAGGGUCGGAACUACGAUCGGGGCCGGCUGAGUGUCGCCAGCAAUAAGGUGCUGGGGCCGGCCGGGUAUCGCCGUGGGAUGCCCGAGGGCGGCGCGGGUGCGGGAGCAGGCGACCCCACGGUCACGCUCAACCCCACCACAAAGCUCCUGGCUACCAGCACGAUGCACACAGAGCGGCUGCUGGAGGACACCACGAACCAUAAGGCCGCUUAUGAGCACUUCCUCCGGGGAACGGCGGCUCGCCAGGUGCAGCCAUCACCUGCUCCUGCACCCAGGCCCGCCAUGCGCGCAGGGCAUGGCGAGGCCACCGCCAUCUCUAGCAGCGCCGCGGAGCUGCGGCGCCAAGCAGCCGCAGCCGCACAGGACAACACCGAGAUGUCCUUGGAGCUCCAUGUGGGCCACACCGCUGCCAACAAUGACCUGCUGGGCGAUGGAGGCCUGUCACUGGACGCAUUCGCGUUGCCGCCUGAGCCCUCGGUGACCCUGUCGCAGCAGCUGGCAAGCGGCGCCAGGGUGCAGUUGCGGGCGCCCCGGCCGUUGCUGCCUGGCGAGCGAGGGGGUGGUGGAGAGCUGUUGCACGUGUCAUCUAGCGGGCGUGCUGCGACUGCACAAAAGAUCACAUGCCAGGAGUUUCUCACCAUCAUUGACGUGAACUUCAACGAGAAGGUCUGCAGGACGUCCUACCUGCCGCAAGCCGACCCGCCGCCAACCUCUGUGGCGGAGGUGUACGAGGCUGCCGCCGUGGUGGCGCCCUACGUGGAGGCAUACCAGGCCAUGGUGCUGUCGGUGGCGGCCCGGCUCACAGACAUGCAGUCGCGGGUGCAGCAGCUGGAGGUUGAGCUGUCCGCCAACAACCCGGAGAUCUUCGUGGCAGUGCAGCAAAUGCCGCCGUUGCAGCUGGAGUCGGUGAAGGACCACGUGAUCAGCCUCAAGAAGCUCUGCCGCAUCCGCACUGUCAAGUCCAUCAAGCAGGCACACCUCGCCGCGCUGGACAACCUGCUGGUGCUGAUGUGCGCGGCCAGGGACAAGCUGCAGGCGGAGCUGGCGGCUGUCGCGGCAGACGUGGACAGCCUCAAGCGCUGCAAUCAGGGCAAGGUGGACCUCACGGCGGCGAUUUCACGCUGGUGCCAGGAGGACGAGAGGCGGCUGCAGGAGGCUGCCCAGCGGAAGAAAGCGGCGGAGGGCCACCUGCAGCGGCUCGAAGCGCUUCGCGCCCAGAACGCUGAGCGGCAACGGCGGCUGGAGGAGGCGCGCGCGGAACGGCAGGCCAUCCAGCAGAACAGGGUGCCCCUGGAGGUGUUGAAGAAGGAGCGCAAGGACAUAGAGGAGCGGGCGGAGGCCCUCGCGGCCCGCUGCAGCAAGGCAUCCAGCCUGACGCCUGGCCGCGAGUCGCAGAUGGCCCAAAAGAUUGCUGCGAAGAGCGAGGAGGUGGACGCACUGCUGGGCUUACAUUCGCUGCGACUGGACUUCUCCGACAUGGACCGCACGGGCCGGUUCAAUGUCGUAUUCCGGGGCGUGUACCGCAUCGAGUGCGACACGACGUCUGGUGGCAGCUGCCAGUUCAAUGUGUCCUUGCUUGAUGGCCCUGGCAAGCCUUGCCGCUGGGAGCCAAGCAUCACGGCGGCAUUCGGCGCGUCCGCUGCCGCGCUCUCCUGCAGCGUCCCGACCUGCCAGGUGCCCAUGCACUUGGAGGCCAUUCAGAAGCAGCUCAACCGCAUGUGGCGACUGGCGCGGCAGCUUGAGAGCUGCUGGAUGAAGUACAACUGCAUGCUGCAACCAAUCGUCGAGGCGGAGGAGGAAGGCCGUGGCCCAACGCUGCUGCUUCAGUUCCAGAAUGUCGUCACCUCAGCCAGGGUAGCCAUUCGAAUGCCCUGGCGCGCAGCGCUCCAGUCAGAUGCAUUUGCGCCUCCUCUUCGCGUGCAGAUGAAGAGCCUCGACCCGCCGGAGACACAGCAUGAGUACUGCGAUGCCCUUCUCGCCUCGGUUCUCAGCAAGUUGCCGCCAAGCACAGGGUACGUAGCGACGCUCUGCUACGCGAUGAGCGAGACGCUGCAGGUACGCAACGGCGCAGGCCAAACGGCCCUAAGGGAGGAUCCCGAAGCGGAGCCACUAAGCCGUACUCCACAGGUGGAGCCGCUCGAGGGGAAGCUCGCGGGCAGAACCUUUGAGAAUCCGUUGUUCACAUUUGCAGCGGCGUAGGUGUUAUGGGGCGUUACUCGAUGACUUGCCUGCAGUAUGGCGUAUCGCCUUGUAUGCCUCGGCCCCUUUUGGCAAGAGUGACGAGGUACCUUAUGCGGUCGCAUUUGCAGCGGUAAACAUUAUUUAGCGGACCCAUGUAUUGGACGUUGGGCGUUGCGGAUACAAGCGACCCUAAUUUGUGAGCUGUGGCUGAGCGGUUGGCCUACUUCCUAUCCGAGAGCCAAUGGUUAUCGCGGUGAUCUUCAAUGCAUUGGUAUAUUUUUGUGUUUUCGUUUUUCAUUUGCAUUGAUGGUAUAUGAGGAUGAGAAGGCCAGAAGGCAUUGGCCCUUUGAGGUUGCCACAAAACUGAGGGUCUAGUUAAUAUGUUAUAUUCUUGUGACGAUAAGUUCACCUGCACGGCUUUUUAUAGCACAGCGUUUAGCGCGUAACGAGCGCGCUACGAGAAAAUCUUAGAAACACCCUUAGAAUGUCGCUUCCUGGAUGCCAUGUGAAGGCGUACCUGAGGUUUAUGCUUAAGGACAGUUUCGUGAUGCAUUGCUAAAUGUAGUUGCAGUCUGGUAUAGGUGUAGGACAGGGCCGUACACCUCCCGUAAUAUUCCCUUAGAGCUCUGGGAACGCGAUCCUUGUUUGCGAGUAAUGUACUUUCACGUAGUUUUGGUUAGAGCAGUGACAAUUACCCUCCCAAAAUAGUGCGCCGCAGUAGGCUGAAGACUGCAUCCUCAUUGGCCUUCGCGCCGUGUUAAACAUGGCGGCCGUGGGAAGGGGGGACGUAGAAGCGCCCCCUUCCGCGCCCUGCCCAUAUGACAUAGACCCGGAGCAGCUACUUGCUAUGAAUGAGGCGAAGGACACAGCAGCCCUCAAGAGCGCAGGCGGGCCGCAGGGCUUGGCAAAAAAGCUUUACUCGGACCUGCAUAAAGGACUGGACCCUAACGGGCAAGGGCUGGCCUCUAUUCAAUCGCAUAGUGAAGUUUAUGGGGAGAACAGAUUCGUGGAGGUGCCUCCAAAGUCGUUUUUUGCCCUCGUUUGGGGCAACCUCCAGGACCCGGUCAUCAUCAUUUUAAUUUUCGCUGCGUUGGUCUCAACAGUGCUUGGCGCAGCCAUUCCCGACCAGCGGAAGGACGGAGAAUGGAUUGAGGGCGUAGCAAUUUGGGUGGCCGUCAUCCUAGUGGUGUCCGUCAGUGCCGGGAAUGACUACCAGAAGGACCGUCAGUUUCGCAAACUGAACGCACAAAAGGAUAAAAUCAUGGUGAAGGUGAUCCGUGGGGGCCACACAACCCUCGUAGAGAACACGGAACUCGUAGUGGGCGAUGUGUACAUCCUGGACACGGGUGACAAGGUCACAGCAGAUGGCGUUUGCUUUGACAGCCAGGGCCUCGUAAUAGACGAGGCGUCGCUGACGGGCGAGUCAGAUCCCAUCAAGAAGAACCCGGACGAGGAGUGCUGGGUGCGGUCAGGCACGCAGGUGACCGAGGGCAGUGGAAAGCUGCUGGUGGUUGCUGUGGGCCCUAACUCGGAGUGGGGUAAGACCAUGGCGCUCGUGGGCGAGGCGGGAGACGACGAGACGCCGCUGCAGGUGAAGCUCACCUGGGUGGCGAGCACAGUCGGCAAAAUCGGUUUUGGCGUCGCCAUUUGCUGCUUUGCGGCGCUGCUAAUCAAGUGGUGUGUGGUCAACAAUGGGUUCCCGUUGAAAAAGAUCAACCAAAACGGCCCCAUCCAGUUCUUCCUCUACUCCGUGACCAUUAUCGUGGUGGCGGUGCCGGAGGGGCUGCCGCUGGCUGUCACCAUUUCCCUGGCUUACUCCAUGAAGAAGAUGAUGAAGGAUAACAACUUUGUUCGCGUGCUGGCGGCUUGCGAGACCAUGGGCGGUGCGACGGCCAUUUGCUCCGAUAAGACCGGCACGCUCACGGAGAACCGCAUGACGGUGGUGGAGGGCUGGUUUGCGGGAAAGAGCUUUGACCACUGCCCCGCGCCGGAGGAGCUACCGCAAGAGGUUUGCGACGAGCUCAAGCUCAACAGCGCGCUCAACUCGAAAGCGGAUGUGCUUGAGGAUGGGCCGCGCCUGACCUUUGUGGGCAACAGGACGGAAUGCGCGCUGCUGAUGAUGCUGAAGACGUGGGGCUGUGACUAUGCCAGCGUGCGCGAGGAGUACGAUGCCAGCACCUUCAGGGUCUUUGGCUUCUCCUCCGCUAAGAAGAUGGCCUCCGCCACCAUCAAGUUUGCCGACAAGUUCCGCCAUUACAACAAGGGCGCAGCGGAGUGGGUGCUCAAGCGCUGCACGGCCAUGUACGACGGCUCCCGCAUCGUGCAAAUGAGCGACGCGGACCGCGCGCGCCUGGUGGAGGUCGUUACCUCCAUGGCUAAGCGCGGCCUGCGCUGCAUCUGCCUCACCUACACCGACUACCCCCUGGUGGACGACAGCCGCCCGGUGGAGUUCUUUGAGGACAGCGAUAACCUCGAUCGCAACCUGGUUUGCAUGGCCAUCGUGGGCAUCAAGGACCCCGUGCGCAAGGAGGUCCCUGAGGCGGUGCGCGUCUGCCAGCGUGCCGGCAUCGUGGUGCGCAUGGUCACCGGCGAUAACAUCCACACCGCACAGCACAUUGCGCGCGAGUGCGGCAUCCUCACGGACGACUGCAUUGCACUGGAGGGCCCCGAUUUCCGCAAGAUGUCGGCUCAGGAGCUGCUGCCGCUGCUGCCCAAGCUGCGUGUGCUGGCGCGCUCCUCGCCUGAGGACAAGCUGACCCUGGUUUCGGUGCUGAAGCAGCAGGGAGACGUGGUGGCGGUGACGGGCGACGGCACCAAUGACGCGCCUGCGCUCAAGGAGAGCGAUGUGGGCUUAGCCAUGGGCAUUGCGGGAACGGAGGUGGCGAAGGAGGCGGCGGACAUUGUCAUCAUGGAUGACAACUUCUCCUCCAUCGUCAAGUCGGUGCUAUGGGGCCGCUCUGUGUUCACCAACAUCCGCAAGUUCCUGAUGUUCCAGCUGACUGUUAACUUUGUGGCGCUGGUGAUUGCGUUCUUUGGCGCCGUCAUUGACGGGCACGAGCCGCUCAACGUGCUGCAGCUUCUGUGGGUCAACCUCAUUAUGGACACCAUGGGCGCGCUGGCUCUGGCCACGGAGGACCCCAACCCCGAGCUGCUGCUCAUGAAGCCGUACGGCAGGGAGGAGAACCUCAUCACGCGCAUCAUGUGGAAGCACAUCCUGGUGCAGGGCUGCUACCAGCUGUUUUGGAUGUUCUUCAUUCUGUACGGCGUUCCCAGCUUCCUGAACGCGCCCAAGUUCGAUGGCCGCUACGAUAUUGAAAGCCGCCAGACUUGGUGGGCGCGGGAGUGCACCACCGUGCUGACGGACUCGCGGAGGGUUGAGCUCUGCAACUACAUGAACGUCUGUGGCUUCCCGUAUUUUCACCCCGACUCAGCGUCGCGCAAUAGCCCGUCCUGUGACCUUUACCCGAUGUGGCAGAACGGCACCAACCCCACCACCAAGUAUGUACCCUCCGACGCGCGGACAGCGAUGUGCGAUGCCAACGUGAUCCCGCCGACGACGGGCGGUGACUGCGAGAUUUACAACCUGUGGAAGACAGCGGAGACGAAGAUGAAGGAGGACUACGUCACCUUCCAGGAGGUUGAGUACCGCCCGGCGCUGUCGGUGCUCUUCAACGCCUUCAUCUUUUGCCAAAUCUUCAACGAAAUCAACGCCCGCCGUAUCAACGAUGAGUACAGCAUCUUUGCCGGGCUGUUCACCAACCCCAUCUUUGUCGCGGUGAUCGUUGUUACCGUGGUCUUCCAAGUCAUCAUUAUCAACGUCCCGUUCAUUAACAACAAGUUCUUCAAGGUGCAGCGGCUCAACUGGCAGGAGUGGCUGAUCACGGUUGCAAUUGGUGCCGGGGCCAUCCCGCUGAGCUACAUCACCCGCUUUGUCACGAAGAACCUGCCGGACAAUUGCCUGCGUGGCACGCGUGUGCAUGCUAGCACAGGGCGAGCGCUGUCAGGCAAGCCAAGUAACGUGCGGAAUACCUCGGGAGGCCGGACUGUGUCGGGAGGCGGCCGAACCAUGUCCGGUGGGUCCCAGUACCACGGUCGAACAGGGUCGGGUAAUCCGGCUCCGUCGCAUGCAUACAGCAAGAGCCCGUGAUCCAAGCGGUGACGUGUUUCUAGCUGCAGGGAUGUAGGGGCAAUUGGGCUUGGUGAUAAGAACAGGGAUGCCGGUGGGGGCUACAUCUAACGCUGACACCACCCGCAGACGUGUGCCUGUAGCCGGGUGCUGCAAGCGCAAUGCUACAUGCCAUGCGGCAAAGGCAGUGGGAGAUUUCUCCCAGCAUCGUUUUAGGCUGACGGAUAUAUUGGUUUCAAUAAAGGACUGGACUAAUGGUUUGCCUGCAUGGUUUGCCUGCGCUGGACGGAACACGUAGAGUCAGGGAGGGAACGCAAGCUGGCUGCACCGGCACCUUGGGGGCGCAUUCCCUUCGCACCAGUGCAUUCUGGCCCUGUUUAUGUUUUGGUGAUUAAGGUUGUGUGGUGUCAUUGUUGUGCCGUCGUGAUCUAAAGGUCGGAGCCGUUGGGAUGAUAGCUGCACUGGUGCGCGCUGUGUGCGCCCUAUCAGAAGCGCCUGACGAACCUAUUUGGAAGAGCCCCUUCCAGGAACUCAACCCGUAGCAUGAGUGGACGGACAGUUUGACUCCUCUUGGAGUCCCCGUUUGACUCUUUGACCGUUUGUGUUGCACUACGGGGGGUGCGGCCCUCGGCGGCGGCAGCCUGCGUCCGAACCGCACGGCGGGCGGUGCGUCCUCGGUCGCCGGGGGCGGGCAGAGCAAGUCAGGACCCACAUGACACAAGCAUGGCUAGCUCUCGCCACGGGGGUGGGCCUGAAGAUCGCAGCCGAGUUGUGUGCCGUCUGCGUGCCGCCACUCCUGCGUGCCCCGUGUAUGGGCGGGUGUUGGGCGGUCUGGUGUCAUGGUGUGCAUUUCUUUCCAGUGCGUCGCUUGUAUGCACACGGAUUUAUGAGCAUAAGGGCGUUUAGUUGGAUGGAAGUACCGUAAUGGGUGCUUGUGAGUCACGUGUUUGUAUCUGAUGGCAGGAGGAUGUAACGGUGAUGUAUACGGUUGUGGUGACUGGAUAUAUGGAUAUAGGAUGGCUCGGGCGAGCGUGCGCAUCUGUGUCUUUGGGUCCUAUGUGGGGAUGCAUGAGGGUAGGGGGGAGUGGGGCGGGGUUGCUUGUGCUAGGUAUGGGUGGCAGCUGGAUAGGGAAGUGAGGGGUUCAGUUCAAUAAGUGGGCUCAUAAGUUUUUAUUCGGGCAAAGUGGGGGUUGAAUGGUAUUAUACGCAAGACGUUCAGGGGUAUACGCCUAAUGUUUUGGGAGUAUAGUCCGUUACAUGCAACGAGUCACGAUACCGCUGGUUAAUGUGCUGUAUAGCGGUCGUAUGUUGACGUCGUCCGGCUACUCGGCGCUAUGCCACCUGCCGUGUCUCGGCUUGGACGUUUCACAGCUGGCAUGCAUGGGCAGGCGGCAUACCGACAGGUAUUGUUUGUGAUUUUACAGUCUAUAAGGGUAAACCGUCGACGGUAGUACGAAUUUGAACUGAUAAAUGUGACAAUAGGAUUUUGUCACGGGCCUUACCGCCGCUCUUAUGUGUGCGCCUUUUGCAUGCAGGAGCGCCCCUGUGCCCUGGCUUUGAGCACGUUUCCUGGACCUGUGGUUACCGAAUCAGGCCUGUGGAAACUGCUGAACGUUUUUCGAGGGAGUUUUUGUGCUUUUACAGGCAUUGGAUUAAAUAUUUGCGUCGGUUGCAUGCGCUGUUUCUGUCGAAUAUAUGAGGGACAGUCGUGCAAGAUGUGCGGGUUACCCCGUAGUUUGGAUCGCUCACGAGCCAUAUCCUCCCAGUUACUUCUAGUAAUUUCCACGUUUUGGGCGAUGUGUUCAAGAUUCAUGUACUGCUGAGGUUUUCUUUCGUACAGGCCCAUACAUGUUGGUGACGCUGUAUGUGCACCGCAGAUACCCGACCUUAUACACACGAACACAGCCCAACAGCUGCAAUGCUGCAUUUUGGGCAAGCUCUCUCGCAUGCAUCCUCAUUGUAAAACAAGUUAGGCAA